AUGUUGUCAAAAAGUAAUAAUAUCAACAAUGGUAAUAAUAAUUUUAUUACGAGUAGUUCUCCGUUUACCCCUCCUUCCUCGUCUCCUACUAUUGCUUUUCUAGUAGAUAAGUUACCUCUGAAGCUGCAGGAGCCAACAACCCCACCACAAACGCCACCACAAUACAGGAGAGUAGUUUCAGAAGCUUCACAACCAAGAAAAAUACCACGUCUAAAUUCAAAGCGAAGGACGUUUUCAGAUACCAAUUUUAUAAACGGAACCCCAUACGAGCACUUUUGGGAUAUAGUUGGUCGAGAUAACUAUACGACUUCUUUGAAUAAUUCACAGGUUCUCUGCAACACAAUUUCGCCACCUGUUGACGAAGACUUAUUCAGCUUGGCUUUCUCGAAGAAGUUUAGUUCGCUCACGUGGCGACCUAAGAAGUCGUUUCCAAAAAUAAUACCUACAAUGGCCCCGAAGGCCAAUAAUGUGGAACCCAUAAGUUUAGUAACGACCACUAUCAAACCUCGUCGUUCUUCAUUGGAAUCACCAACUAUUGAGAAAGUUCCCGAAUUACUAAAAUCAAAAGAAAAAAUGCCUCCAGUUCAGUUAGUUGGCAGAAAACCUGACACUGAUCCGGUUUUAGACAUUAACGUCGCAGAACAAUUACGGCAGCAAUUACCGCGUCGCUUACGACUAGAACCUUCAUGGACCUUGUUAUAUAGUAUCGAUCAAAAUGGAACUAGUAUGACCACUAUGUAUAACAAUGUAAAAGAUAAAGGUCCUUUGGUAUUGGCUCUUAAAGACGAAAAUGAUCAGGUAUUUGGCGCAUUUAUAAACGAGUCUUUAAAGCCAUGGUCUUCCUAUUACGGAACUGGAGAAUGUUUUCUAUGGAAAUGUAUAUACAAUGAUGCCGAAGAAUCAACACCACCCACAGUUGAAUUUUAUUUAUGGACCGGACGUAACGAAUUUCUUAUCUUUAGUGAACAUGAUUACGUGGCCAUUGGUGGAGGGGAUGGAAGAACCGGACUUUGGAUAGAUUCUAAUCUCGAACGAGGGCAGUCCUUCUCAUGUGAUACGUUUGAUAAUCAACCACUAUCAAUGUUUCCGGAUUUCGAUUGCCUUGGGUUGGAAAUUUGGGGGUUUAAAAAUUGA